GUCAUUUGCCCAGCUGCUCUUUGACGUCUGCUGUCUGCAUUCGCUUGUCUCCGUGUCCACAUCUCGGGUUGUCUAUCUUUCCUAUUGCUCAAACUUGAGGUUUCGUAGUACUUUCGUUCUCUUUAACAGACACCUUUUCCUUUCGAGCUUGCAUUGUUGGAAGCUUCACAUCCAGUCGUUGUCGCUCCCUUGCAGUAACUUCGUUUCCCUGGCUCCCUUUCCGCCCCUUCAGCUGCGCGCGCGCCCACGGUACACGCUCAACGGCAUCGAGUCGCGCAACCAUACUCGAGCUUUCUUCUUUUUCGACGCCAGUUUGCGCAACACGACAUACUAUUCGAGCGAAUCGAGUCCCGGCCAAAGAAAACAAAACAGCGACGCAAUGGCGCGCUCGAAGCAGGCCACCCCUAUUCGUCGGCAGACAUCCUCCGAGUAUUUUAGCAAAGCCGACACCCUCGAGCGGACGCCCAGCAAUGGCAAUGGAUCCGUAACCUCUGUGACUGCGAAGGAGACCAAUGGCAAGGUUGUUGCUACACCUGCGGCUGCAGUUGUUGAAGCAAAGGAGGCCGGCGCACUCCAAAUCCUGAUUGCCGUGGGCGGUAUCUAUGCCUCUUUUCUGACAUGGGCCUACCUCCAAGAGAAGCUCACGACGACGCCCUACGGCCCGACGGCCAAGCCCGAGGUCUUCAAGUACCCCGUCUUCCUCAACACGAUCCAGUCCCUCUUCGCCGCGACGACGGGGCUCCUCUACCUCUGGUUCUCCUCCCGCAACGCCGCCUCCCUCCCGCCCGUCUUCCCCUCGCGCGGCAUCGUCAUGCCCCUCGCCCUCGUCGCCGUCACCUCCUCCCUCGCCUCGCCCUUUGGCUACGCCUCCCUGGCGCACAUUGACUACAUCACCUUCUUGCUCGCCAAAUCCUGCAAGCUCGUGCCCGUCAUGCUCCUCCACACGACGCUGUUUGGCAAGCGCUACCCGCUGUACAAGUACCUCGUCGUCGCGGGCGUCACGGCGGGCGUCGCCGUCUUCACGCUGCACUCGGGCAGCAAGAAGAAGAAGUCCGUCGUCAACCCGGACGCCAACAUGCCCUGGGGCAUGCUCUUGCUCAGCAUCAACCUGCUCUUUGACGGCCUCACCAACAGCACCCAGGAUUACAUCUUUAGCACGUUCAAGGGGUACACCGGCCCGCAGAUGAUGUGCGCCAACAACCUCAUGAGCACGGCCGUCACGCUGGGCUACCUCGUGCUCAGCCCUUGGCUGGUUCAUACCGGUCUCGGCGAGUACCUCGCCAUGGACGUCGCCGGCAGCGCGGGCGAGCUAACGGCCGCGUUGGGUUUCAUGGCGCGGUACCCCGCCGUGUGGUGGGAUGUCCUCGGCUUCGCGGCGUGCGGCGCCGUCGGCCAGGUCUUUAUCUUCUACACCCUCUCCACCUUCUCCUCGGUCCUCCUCGUCACCGUCACAGUCACCCGUAAAAUGGUCACCAUGGCCCUCUCCGUCUUCGCCUUUGGCCACAGCCUCACGAGCAUGCAGUGGGCCGGCGUCUCCCUCGUCUUUGGCGCCAUUGGCGCCGAGGCACAGAUCGCGACCAAGGAGAAGAGGGCCAAGGAGGCUGCGAAGCGCGCCGCGGCUGCUGGGAAGACGCAGUGAGAGAAGGGGAAAGGGGGAUGUUUCUAUUAACCCCGUUCUACAUAAAUGAAGAUGGAAGGUCAGGGUGCCAAGUCCAACUCUUUGCUCCAGGUACACAAACAUGGGACGACGAGGAAGUGAUGUUGUUAUCCACACACUUCAUUGAACUGGUGUAAAUCACUCAUACAUAGGAUCACAUUCACAUAGGAACAAUCAGAAGCACUUGAUAAUGCAUACUUAGUAUGGCUCUUCGUUUUUUACAUUUCAUCUACCUCGCUCCCCCUCCAACCCCCCCCCCCCCCC